AUGGUUAGUGGAAGUUUCUUGUUCGUCAAUCGCUGGAUUGUGUCACUGUUGGUAGCGCUGGUAGUGCUGGAUGGCGGAGUGCAAGCUUAUCGAUAUUUCCGAAAAAUGGGCAAUCGGUUUCAGCCUGUAAUGAUGAAACCGAUGCCGGUAGGCCGAUUUGGUUUUGUUCGUGCCGAAAAUCCCAACGCGGACGGAGCGAUGGACGCAAAGUCUGGUGAAGAAAGCUCAGAACCUGCGGCACCCGCAACGGAUGUCAUGCAAGGGCACGAAAUGCACGCACCAGAGAUGCGUGAGAUGAUCCACGACAGUCCGCAUCCGGUGGAGAUCGAUAUGGGUCCGGGAAUGGAGGCACGCAUCAUGGGCUUUGAGGGAGAGCUGGACGGCGAGGGUAACUUUGGCCGUGCAGGAGACGGUGCUGAGGAAGAGGAGGAAGAGGGUGCCCAGUUCCGCCAUUUUAAGCACAAGAAGCACAAGAAGCACAAGUUCGUCAUCCACACACAUCACCACUAUCACCACAAGAAGGAAGGUGGUGGAUACGGUCAUCAUGGGUACGGAAAGCAUGACAGCUACGGACACCACGGGCACGGCGGUGGACACCACGGUUAUGGCGGUGGUUACGGACAUCAUGGCGGCGAUGACGGUGAUGAUGAUUACGAGCCCACGUACGGCCACCACGGACGGUAUCGGCGCUCGUCGAUGAGUGAAAUGUCCCCACCGGAAGGACAGACACCGGACGCUCAGGCUUUAGAUCGUACCGCACUGACACAUUCAUCCCCGGAACUUCCCAAUCUGAUGGAGACUUCGGCAGCCGACCCCAGCACACCAACAGUUUACCGGCAGUCCGUCAGCAGGCGACAGCUGGUACGCAGCAAGAACGAGCGACUGGCGCAGAUUGGACGCGAUCGGGCACAGCGAGCGAACAGGUUACGAUCGAUGACAAAGCGUAUGAUUGUAGGGCUGGAGGGUGGGCGCACGGGUCGGACGACGGGAGAGGAGGAUGGUGCGGUGGACGUAGGAUCUGUACCGCAGCGUGGUUGGCUACAACGACGUCGUCCGAAAUCGGAAUGGCGCCGUCGAGAUCUGAAUGCAGGCCGUCGUCGAAGACCGAUCGAGACAGAAAAGGUGAUCGAGCGAAGAACACCAGAAGAACCGGUGCUUCCGGUGAUGGUACCUCCAGUGAUGACUCCGGCAAUUCCGGAGUUGUCCGAGAGAGAGAUUGCGGAAGAAAAACAGGAAUCGGAAGAAGAGGAGGACGAUGAGGUGGAGUGUGAUGAUCCGAUCUGUUCCAACUUCUACGUGGACGAGCAACAGAUCACCACCACGUCCACUACACCACGCGCACCAGAACAUCGUCUGGAAGAGGUACUUGAACCAAGGCUUGUUCCGUUUGGCAAUGAGCUUGAUCAGGAAGCAAGUUUGGAAGUUCCACUAGAUACUUUAGUUGCUCAGCAGCAUGAACAAGCUAAAAGUAAACCCUCCGCUAAUAGAAACUCACUCUGGAGAGGUCUUUCGAAGCGACUGAGUGCAUUCCGCGAACGCCAGGCGGAUAGAAGCGAGCGUAGGAAGAUGGUAAAGCAGCCGGAACUACCAACCACUACUACUGCUGACCCGAACGAUGAGGAGGAGUACGAUUCGAAUGAAAUAGUCGAAUACUACCAGCAGGAUGUGGGUCGAGUCCUCUACCGAAUGGCUAACGGACGGCUUCUGGAGGAACCGCAGCGACUUCAUCUACGCCGAAGUUCUGAAGGUGGUGAAGACUCCGACACACCGCAACGCAAACGACGACUCAACCGGUUAUCGAACCGAGCGAACCGAAGACGUAUGCCUGUCAAGCACAACUCACUUCCAGAACCGAAGGCACCGGAAGCCAGCAGUGACGCCGGCAAGCCUGUGAUCAAUAUCGGUACGUUCCGGUUGGCGGAUAACUAUGAUGGUGGAGCUGCUUCCGCGUUGGAAAACACCGGAGCGGCCCGCUCCGUAUCUGGCACUGGGCCCUCGGACAUGGAUAACUACAUCCUGCAGAAGGUCCGUGAGUACUGUAGCACGUCUUGCGCCUCCGGUAAAUCGGCGGCCCCAGUUAUCAUCGUGCCGGAGAAACCCUCCUACACCGUGGCAUACGCACCCGCAGCCGUUGCCGCUGCGGCAGCGCACGAACCGAUCGUUGGUAGCAGCAAACAGCUCAUCGUACAGCCACCCUCCACGUACGAAACCGCUGCCCCAACUGCUGUCCCGAAAUCGGCCAACCCACCCGCCUGCCCCACCAAGAUCGUCAAGUGCAUCCCGAAAGCGUUGGCCAGCGGUAGCAAACGGUCGCGCAAAACCGACCCAUCGAACGAUCAGCAAGAGCAGGACAAAGAAUCCAACCCGCUGGUUUCGCUGGCAAGAGGAAGUAUGACACCGUAG